UAAAGAAUAAAGAUAUGUGGCAGCGCUAGGACAGUGCUGUUUCACAUGAGAGGAAGUAUCCAGCGAAUGCAUGCUCACAAUUUUCCGGAAUAUGAAUAUACAUGGAGUUAUUUGAGAGCCAUGCGUUUUCUUCCACAGUUGACAGGCAGGUAUUCUCCCACAGCCAGCCUCGCACCGGGGAAGCAUCUGAUUCGGCACCGCCGCUGGAUGGUGAUUUAGCAUGAAUGCUAGCUAACUAAUGAACAUCACGCUGUUUAUGAAUCCGUAGAGGCAGCGUUAACAUGCAGCGCGAGAGGAUUUGAUACAUUUCAUCCAUUGUCGUUAUUCGCUUCAUGGGGGGCACACGCAUGCCCGUCCAGAAGUCAGAACCUCCAGACAGAAACUCUGAUGUGACGUCAGCCGGCAUUUUUUUUUACCAAAGGAACCGUGAGGCGAGGGAUUCUUUUUAAACAUUAAUUUGAGUGUGAAGGACGCUUUACCCUGUCUUUUGUCUUGUGGGCAGGUAAAGGAGACUCCAGGUAUGCACUGUCAGACCGGAUAAUGUUGAUACAGUAAAUGGAGCAGCUCUUCAGACAGAACCGAGCCAGGACUGUCCCCCUCCGGCUGCGUGUGGACCUGACAGCUCCUCUGAACCAGGUCUCCUACACCCUCUGCACCUGUCUGUAAGGACUCCACCCGUCUGUCCCGAGGUCUGUGUGUCCCCUUACCCGUCUAUCCGGAGGAUGUUUGGACCAGCAGGGAAUCAUUUAUGACAAGGCAUGGCUGGGAUCUGCCUUCUCUUCAACCAAAGGAAGUUAUUUUGUGUGAUGUGAACACUGACAUAAGUCUUACACAACAUUACGUUCCAAAGUAUUCUCACACCGAGGACCCUUGCCUUGUGUUACAGGGGGCCGUAUCUCUCCUCCUGUAGAUCACUGCUGUGUUGUCAUCAGAGACGGGACUCCUUGAGCUCAAAUUUGUGGAAUUCAUAUUUUCACCAUUUGACACAGAUCCUCUUCUACAGUGCUUGGGGAGAACUCUUUUUUUUAAACCAUCCCCAUUUAUGUUAUCCCACCAAGAAAAAAAGAAGACCAUGAACUGAAGGCUGAACUGGAAGCCUUAGUGAGAGUCAAGUUUACAGGGAGGUAGCCAUGCCUAUUAGAAAAAAAGACACAGCGCGGGCCCUCGGGCUGUUGGAGGAGUACUGCACUAAACUGAGGAGGCCGGAGGAGCAGCAGCUCAAAACUGCCAUCCAGAGAGUCAUGGGGAUCUUCAAAAGCAACCUGUUUGGAGCUCUUCUUGAUAUCCAGGAGUUUUAUGAAGUGACACUGCUAAACACACAGAAGAGCUGUGAGCAAAAGCUGGAAGAGGUCAACCACAUGGCCGACAAGUGGGAGAGGAGUGUGUCAAUACAGAACUCUGAGCCUGCACACUCUGUCUGUCCAGUGGAGGAGCCCACCGUCAGACAGUGGGGAAUCGCCAAGGCUGUUGCUGUCCUACCUGUGAGACGCAGGAGGAAGACAAAGCGGGGGUCCCGUGCCGGGCUGCUAGUGAGACUGAGGAAACGUGAAAACUGA